AAUAAAGAGCGCUCCAAGUCCGCAACUGGCGCCGCCUCAUCCCCUCGCGCCGCCUCAUCCCCUCGCGCCGCCUCAUCCCCUCCCACUGCCUCAUUCCCUCACACUGCCUCUGAGCGACCACUCCACAGGCAGACAUGAUGGAAGUGGAUCUCCCGGGGAAGCUUUUCGUUGGGGGCCUCAACCUCAAAACCAACGAGAAAGCCCUCAGGGCAGAGUUUAGCAAGUAUGGCUGCAUCGUCAAGGUGGACCUGAUGAAAGACCGAGAAACCAUGAAGUCGAGGGGCUUUGCGUUCAUCACCUUUGAAAGCCCGGAAGACGCCAGGGCUGCCGCCAGAGAUAUGAAUGGCAAUUACCUGGAUGGUAAGUCCAUAAGGGUGGCCCAGGCCAUGAAACCGGCGUUCCAGAGCAGCCGGUGGGGCCCGAGGCCCCCUAGCAGCUACAGCCACCCAAUGUUCCCGCGCGGGAUCCGUGGGGGUGGCGGCAGCCCGUGGCGACCCCCAUCAUGGGGCAGGCCCAAUGAUAAUGGCGGCUACGUGAGGCGCUACAGAGCCCAAAUGCCCAUGAAGCACAGGCUGCAGCCGGUACUGCACUGGGCCAGCCCACGCCGCAAGAGGGCCGCACCAUGGGGCCUAGCUCGCAGCGGUGGCAGUGAAAUGCAGGGAAACACCCUAGCCUUGGGGGAGCGAGGCGGCUGCUCAGGCCUGCCCUGCUGGGAGCCUCCACACUACCACCCCUACCUGGGCUGGCAGACGCCCAGAGACAGCUACUCGAGCCGAUACUACUACGACUCCCGGGAUUUUGCUCCCUCACCCAGAGAGUACAGCCGCCAUCAUUAUGGCCACUCCAGUGUCUGGGGCUACUGUCCCUCGAGAGGCCAUGGCCACCGAGACGGCUACAAGGGUCGCGACCGUGACUAUGCAGAUCAUCCAAGCAGAAGCCCUUACCGAGAGCCCUUUGAGAGCUGCGGGGACCCGUACAGCACCGCCCCCAGGCAGGGAACACCGCCAUCUUAUGUAAGAGAAGGCCGCCAUGACGAGUACGGGGGCCGCUCCCCAGACGCGUACAGCCGGGGCCGCUCGCUCGACACCUAUGGAGGGGGGCACUCGCUCAACACCUACGGAGGGGGGCGCUCCAUCGACGCCUAUGGAGGGGGCCGCUCCCUCGACGCCGAAGGUGGGGGCCGCUCGCUUGAUGACGACGGAGGGGGCAGCUCGCUGGAAGCCUACAGCGGGUGCCGCUCGCUUGACACCAACAGAGGGGGGCGCUCCGUCAACACCUAUGGAGGGCGCCGCUCCCUCCACGCCGACGGAGGGGGCAGCUCGCUGGAAGCCUACAGCGGGGGCCGCUCGUUCCACGCCUGCGGUGGGGGCCGCUCCCUCGAGGCCUACGGCAGGGGCCGCUCGCUUGACACCGACAGACGGGGGCGCUCCGUCGACACCUAUGGAGGGCGCCGCUCCCUCGACGCCGACGGAGGGGGCCGCUCGCUUGAAGCCGACCGAGGGGGCCGCUCCCUCAAGGCCUAUGGCAGGGGCCGCUCGCUUGACAACGACAGAGGGGGGCGCUCCAUCGACACCUAUGGAGGGCGCCGCUCCCUCGAUGCCGAUGGAGGGGGCAGCUCGCUGGAAGCCUACAGCGGUGGCCGCUCAUUCGACGCCUAUGGUGGGGGCCGCUCCCUCGAGGCCUACGGCAGGGGCCGCUCGCUUGACACUGACAGAGGGGGGCGCUCCGUUGACACCUAUGUAGGGCGCCGCUCCCUCGACGCCGACGGAGGGGACAGCUCGCUGGAAGCCUACGGCAGGGGCCGCUCCCUCAAGGCCUACAGAGGGGGCCGCUCCCUAGAUGCCUACAGCAGGGGCCGUGACAAUUACAGAAAUAGUUACAGCUGGAGCGACCACUAUGGAGGAGGAGACCUCUACAAGAAGUACCGGCACCGCUCACUCGAUGCCUACACUGGGGGCCACAACAGUUACAGCGGCAGUUACAGGAGGAGUGGAGGAGGAGGCCACUCUGGAGGAGGAAGCCACUACAAGGAGUACCAGGGCCGCAACGGCCGCGACAGUUACAGCAAAAUUUACAUCCAGAGCGACCGAUACUUGAGGGGCCAAGACCAAGUAGGCAGACGAGGAUCAUGGCUCCCUCCGCCCAUAGAAAGGGGCAGCCCUCCACCACAUGAUUCUUACAGCCAGUCGGGCUCCAGGGUUCCCAGAGGCCAUCUAGGAAGCCGCUUGGAGAGAGAGGAAGGCCGAAGCAGAUACCAAGCAGGAGCAGACUUGGGACCAAAAAUCUCUUUUCAAAGAAAGUAACAAAAAGAACCUGUUCUAUGGUAACUACUCAAGAACUAGUAUAAGGAACAGUUGUUUUUAUUUUUUAAGAAUUUCUUGUUAUAAUUUCCACUUUUAUGUUUUUGCCGGGAAAAACUUAAGAUUUGUUUAAUUUAGUUUUGAAAUUGUUAACGAUUCUUUCAACAAGUUCAUGUUAAAAGUAUAAGAUAUAAGCCUGAGUCCUAGUCGUCUUACAUUUACAAGUAGACAUUUGAUUAAUAGCUUCUUUCCAUGUAAACUUUCCUGAUAAAUGAGGUAAACAGUUCUGAGAUCUUUCAUAAACAUCUGCUCACCUAAAAUGGAAAAAUGGAUCAUUCUGCUCAUUUAAACCAACUAGAUUUUGGGUGGAGAGUGGGCAGAUCACAAGGUCAGGAGUUCGAGGCCAGCCUGACCAACAUGGU